AUGACAGACGUUUGUGUCCAAGCGCGAAGAGUGACCAACAACCAGAGAAAUCGCAUACGAGGUCAAAGGAAACAGCAAGGCCAACAGCCGUCGGAAAUGCGCGACUAUGCAAAUUCACCCAUUCAGGGAUCAUCAACAAAUCCCACCCAACUGCAAAAUCCAAGUCCAUUGUCAUUUCCCUCGCAGUUAUCGAAUCCAUCCUUUUACUGGCCCCUCUACAGGCCCAGUGUGCCAGCGCCAACUGCGCCCAUCAACGAUCCCAGCAAUACUGCUGGCUCUCCCUUCUCCUUCAAUCUUGGCAGCAGCGCAAAUGGAGCUUCGAGUCCCUCGUAG